AUGUACAACCUGAAAUUGGAUAAAUUCCACGGUCACGAGGGGCACGAGGCCGCGGAGCGUUGGUUGGAGCAUAUUGAGAAGACUUUCCGAGUGUUGAACAACCAGGGGAAUCUCCCUGUGGAGAGAUGGGAGCUUCGUAGUUUGACUCCAGCCGAGAAGACGGACUGGAAUGUUUUCAUUAGGCUAUUUAAGAGGAGAUUUGUGCCCCCAGAGUAUAUUGAUCGCAAGAAACAGGAAUUCACUGAAUUGAAACAGCGGAAGAUGUCUGCGAAUGAGUAUUAUAGGAAGUUUACUGACUUGUCUCGUUACCACCCUGAGAUUGCUAGUAACCCAGCGGAGAUGCUUCGCCGUUUUUGCAUCGGCACUAAGAAGAAGUGGCGUUCGAUGUCGACCUCCACUCAUUGUGAUACAUACCAGGAGUUCUACGAGGUUUUGUUGAGAGUCGAGGACUCUGAGAAUAUGCCGAGUGAGAGUGAUGAAGAUGAAAAGGGUGGUAAUCAGAAGAAGGACGACAAAGUGCCACAGGUCAGGGACGGGGAGGUAGAUUUACUGGUGGUUUUCGGGGCCAGAGACAGGGGGACGGUGGUCAAGGUAGGGCCCCACUUUGCCGGAGGUGUAAUAAUCGGCACACUGGCGAGUGUAGGCGGGGCAGUAGUGGUUGUUUCACUUGCGGGCAGAUAG